CUCCUGAGUGUAAUGAAGGAGCAACGUACAGUACAUGUGCUUCAGCAUGUCCUUUGACAUGUUCAGACAUUGGAAAUGAGUCAGAUGAGCUCUGUCCAAGAAUGUGCGUAGAGGGAUGUGUUUGUUUACCUGGCAGAUAUCUUAGUGGCUCAGAUUGCGUCUUACCAGAGGACUGUGGUUGCUCUGACGGCAACAACUAUUAUGAGGCAGGAGCCAGUUUUGUUAAAGAAGACUGUUCUGAAGUGUGUACAUGCGCAAGAGGUGAACUUAAUUGUGAAGACAUGAUUUGCGAUUCAAAUUCUGAAUGUAGAGUUGAUAAUGGUCAGCGUGGUUGCUAUUGUUCAUUCCCAUUUGUAGGAGAUGGAUUGACUUGUAACAUUGAUCCUUGUCUGGAGGAUCCGUGUGGACAGAAUGGAAAAUGUGAAGUCAGUGACCAAGACCCACGUGGGUAUGUCUGCAUCUGUAACAGAGGAUGGAUGGGUGAUAACUGUAAUGAAGGAACUGCAAUUUGCAGUGCUCAUGGUGAUCCUCACUACACUACAUUUGAUGGCUUACGGUAUGAUUUCCAGGGAGAUUGUAAAUAUAUUCUUUGUCAAAGCACAAAUUAUAUUGAUCCACCAUUCACCAUUCUUCAACAAAAUGUAAGAGUACCCAACUCUGCUGUUGCAAGGACACAAGAAGUAACAAUAAUUGUCUAUGAUACGGUGAUUGAAUUUAAACAAAAUAAAGUUUUACUGGUUAAUGGAAUUGAUAUGUCACCUCCUGCUAGUCCCGUUCCUGGGCUGAAUAUAGAAUUAGCUGGUCGUUAUUUGAUGCUCCAAACGAACUUCAGCCUGGAAGUUAAAUGGACUGGAGGUAGUGAUGUAGAUAUUUCCCUUUCGACACGAUUCUUCAAUUCAACAGAAGGCUUAUGUGGAAAUUUGGACAAUGACAGAGAAAACGAGUACAUUACAAGCAAUGGAGAACAAACUGAGAGUAUCAAUAUGUUUGGCAAUAGCUGGGCUUAUGAUCCAGAUAACUGUGAGGGUGAAAUGGGUGAUGAUCCUCCAGAUCCAUGUGGUGAUAAUCCUGGCAAAGAAGCAGAAGCUCAAACAAAAUGUCAGAUCAUUACUGACAGUACUGGUCCAUUCCAGAACUGCCAUAGUGUAGUUCCACCUGAAUCAUACUAUGACAGCUGUGUUUAUGAUUUAUGUGCCACUUUACCAGCUGAAUCAGAUCUUUGUGAAGGUGUUGGCAAGUAUGCAGGAGCAUGUUUAGACAGUAACAUUGAAAUUGGAGUUUGGAGAAGAACGAAUUUCUGUCCAUUGGAUUGUCAAGCUAAUGCACAGUACAAUCCAUGUAUGAAACCCUGCCAGGCAAGUUGUUCCCAACCACCUAGAAGCUGUAAUGAACCUUGUGUGGAGGGCUGUGAAUGCAACGAUGGUUUUGUGCUCAGUGGAAGCCAGUGUGUCAGACAAAGUGAUUGUGGCUGUCAAUAUGGUUCCAGAUACAUUGAGCCUGGUUCAAGCUUUACCAGAGAAGACUGUUCAGAAAGAUGUGACUGUAGUGGGGGUGGUGUCAUUAGCUGUACUAACUUCACCUGUCAUCGAGAAAGUACAUGUGGCCCUGUUGAUGGAGAUUAUGGAUGUAUCUGUAAUGAGGGAUUCCUUGGAAAUGGACUUGAGUGUCAACCUGAUCCGUGUUUUGUAAAUCCUUGUCAAAAUGGCGGUACAUGCACUUCAACUGGAAGUAGCUUUGUUUGCACCUGUCCAGCUGGUGUCACUGGAGAGACAUGUACCUCACAAACUGGCAAAUGUUCAGCCUCUGGCGACCCGCAUUACAGCACAUUUGAUAAAAGAAAAUUUGAUUUCCAGGGUGGAGGGGAAUACAUCCUUCUUAUGAAUACUAUCGCGAACAGAACAGUGACAGUUGUACAGAAAAAUCGGAAAGCUUUCUUCAAUAACAGAGUAUCUUACACCAGAGAAGUUUAUGUCUAUAUUGAUGAUGUGAAAAUCAGUUUCCUGCGAAGGAUUUGUUUCUUUUUCUUCUGUGGACAUCUCAGAUUUCAAGUAAACAAUGCAUACCAACAAGCUCCAUAUACAUUAAUUCCUGAAGUAGAAGUCACAAAAUCUACAAGUAACUUGAUACUGAGAUCAGAUUUUGGUUUGGAAGUUAAAUUUAAUGGUAUUAGUGCUGUUUCCAUAACUCUGUCUGGAGAUUACUGGUACAACAAGACUAAAGGAUUAUGUGGUACUUGGGAUAAUAACCCAGACAAUGACUUCUCUAAUCCAUCUGGGAUUUUGCUUCCAAAUGCCAACGCAUUUGGAAACAGUUGGUUGUAUAAUCCUGCUGAUAAUACAGAUGACAUGGAAGAUGAAGAUGCUGGUGAGUAUGAUCCAUGUGAAGAGGCAGAGGAUUUAGAAGAGGAAGCUGAGGAGAUGUGUAAUGUCAUCAGAGAUAACGAAGGUCCAUUUGCAAUUUGUCAUCAGAACAUUUCUUACACACCAUUCUUUAUGGAUUGUACGUAUGAUCUGUGUGCACAACUUCCGGACACAACUGGAUUUUGUGAUGAUAUUGAAGAAUAUCAAACAGCAUGCAUGAAUAUUGGAAUAGAAGUGGGAGUUUGGAGAACUGAAGAAUUUUGUCCAUUGAACUGUCCAGAUGGAUCCAGCUACAAACAGUGUGUAAGUGCAUGCCAACCCUCCUGCACAAAUCCUGAUCAAGAUCCUCUUGCAUGUUCCACACCUUGUAGUGAAGGCUGCCAGUGUGAUGAAGGUUACUUGUUAAGUGAUGGUGUGUGUGUUCGUAGUGUGCAAUGUGGCUGCGUAUUUGAAGGCUUGUACUUUGAGAUUGGUUCUGAAUUGGUGGAUUCAAAUUGUACACAGAUGUGCACAUGCAGAGCAGGUGGUUAUGUGGAUUGUUCCGACAUGGUUUGUGAUCCUGAUUCUGUAUGUGGCAUUUCCGAUGGCGUUUUUGGCUGUUAUUGUCCAGAUGGAUUUAUUGGUGAUGGAUUAAUAUGUGAUGUUGAUCCUUGUAAUGAAAAUCCAUGUGCAAAUGGUGGACAAUGUACAGGUAUUGAUAGUGUCUCAUUCACAUGCAUAUGUUUCGCAGGAUGGACAGGGGACACAUGUGAAACAAUGACUGGUCAUUGUAGUGCACAUGGAGACCCUCAUUACACAACAUUUGAUGGUCUUCGCUAUGAUUUCCAAGGAGAGUGUCAGUAUGUCUUGGCUCAAAGCUGCAAUGAUCCAGAAACUAACUUCACAAUUGUGCAACAAAAUGAAAAGUAUGCAGUUAAUCCAAAUGUGGCUGUCACCAAGGAGAUCAUUAUUUAUUUAGAUGAUGUGGUUAUUUCUUUGUUGAGAGAACGAAUUGUUUUGGUUGAUGGCGUAGAACAAACACCACCAAUCAGUACUCGUGGAGUCAAUGUAGAUGUUAGUGGAAUGUUUUUGGUUGUGAGAACAAAUUUCUCAUUGGAAGUGACUUGGAAUGGAGAGUAUGAUGUUGAUGUCAGUGUUCCUGGUGCCUUCUACAACAAGACAUGUGGUCUGUGUGGUACUUGGGAUGGUGAUAGAAGCAAUGACAAGCGUCAACCCGAUGGAAGCCAGGCUGAUUCUAUCUCCAAAUUUGGUAACAACUGGAAGUUCAAUCCAACUGAAUGCUCAAGUCUUGAACCACUAGCACCAUACAAUCCUUGUGCUGAUGAUUCAAUUCUAAGUAAUGCCCAAGACAUCUGUAGUGUUCUUAUAUCUGAUACUGGACCCUUCCGUGAUUGCUUCAGCACAAUUAAUUCAACAGACUAUUAUGAUAAUUGUGUGUUUGAUGUCUGUGCAACACCAGAGGGUGAUAUUUCUUAUUGUGGUAAUAUUGAUGGUUAUGCUCGUGCCUGCAGAAGUAGGUUCAUAGACAUUGGCUCAUGGAGAACACAAGAUAUUUGUCCAUUGGCCUGUGCAUCAGGUUCUGUUUACAAUCCAUGUUCAAGCGCUUGUCCAUCAACCUGCUCAGAUCCAGAUGCCGGCAGUGGUCCAUGUCCAUCUCGAUGUGUCGAAAGCUGUGAAUGUAUUCCUGGUUAUCUUUUGAGUGGAAUCAACUGUGUUCCACUCGCCGAAUGUGGAUGUGAUUAUGAUGGAAUGUAUCUUAGGGCUGGUAGUUCAUUUGUAACUGAAGAAUGUGCUGAAGAAUGCAUAUGUGAAGGAGGUUCUGUAUCAUGCCAACAAAUUGAAUGCUCUAUAAACUCCACAUGUUCAGUAGUAGAAGGUAGAAGACAAUGCACUUGUAUUGAUGGCUUUUUUGGUGAUGGAUUUGAUUGUAUACCUGAUCCCUGUG